CGCGGAGAGGCAGUGCGUGUUCGCGCGCGGAGAGCCCGCUAGCUUAGCCGGGUAGCUGCUCAAUUGCCGCAGCGGAGUCCUCGGCACCAUGGCUCACGUUUCGGGCUUUAUUACGGUCGGAUUUUGACAGGAAAACACCGGCACGAUGACGGAAAGGCUGGAAUGGGUGGAGAUCAUUGAGCCGCGCACACGGGAGCGCAUGUACGCCAACCUGCUGACGGGCGAGUGCGUGUGGGACCCGCCGCAGGGUGUGCGCAUCAAGCGCUCGGGCGAGGACCAGUGGUGGGAACUUUUCGAUCCCAACACCUCGCGCUUCUACUACUACAGCGCCACCUCGCAGCGCACUGUGUGGCACCGCCCCCGCGACUGUGACAUCAUCCCACUGGCCAAGCUGCAGACGCUCAAGCAGAGCGCCGACUCCACACCUCCACGGAGCCGCCACGGUAGCACCUCCUCAUCCCUGGACCAGGAGACCCCCGACAAGCAGCCACCCAAUGCCAACACCAACGCCAAUGCCAGUGCCGGGACAAUGGGCCGGGAGGAGAGGGAGAGGACAUCCCCUUUCCGAUGGACAACGGGUACCAAGGAGCGCAUGCUGAUCAAGGUGACGGACCGUGAGCCCAGCUACCUGUCCCACCAGGGAAAUGGACUGUCCCCUUGUGAGGGUUCAGGUGGAGGAGGAGGUGGUACAUCAUCUCGCACCCGCCGCCCCUCAGGGAAUGCACCAUCUGACCCUGACAGCCCCCCCGUCCACCUGCCUGAGCGCCGCCACUCCCCCUUCCUGAAGCGAGCGGAGCUGGGUGGGUCCCCACUAUUGGGUGGAGCUGGGGGUGGACUUGAGGGAGGCACCUAUCGGCGCUCUUCCGCUGAUUCCCAGCCCCCAUCGCCCCGCUACGCUUAUGAACCCCCCCUGUAUGAGGAGCCGCCAUCUGAGUACCAGCCACCCAUUUAUGAGGAGCCCCCCUCGGACCUGACCUGUGACCGAGUCUCCGAGCCUCAGUCACCCUCCCCUGGCCGGAACAAACCUUCCUCCUUAUUCCACUCCCCCAAGCAGGGCCAGUCACCGUACCAGCAGCUGGUCCUGACCCGGCAGCGAGGCCCGGACAAGGCCCAGAACCUGGAGUACAGCCCAGCCGGUAGGGAGUAUGUCAAGCAACUGGUGUACGUGGAGCAGUCGGGCUCCAGCCCUCGUUUCCGGACAGCUGACCGGCUGCUGCGCUACCAGACAGCUGGAGGGACGCAGGGUCGUGGCGGGGGACCCUACGGGGGUUCCUACACCCUACAACAUAGCCACAAUGGUAGCGGGAGCGCCGGCAACCGAAAGCGCAAGACGCGCAACCCAUCGCUUCCUCAGGAGGCGCUGUUGCCGGAUGCGGAGGCACUGCUGGCACAGGCACGGUUAGCCUGGGAGGCUCAACAGGUACACCAGAUGCGCCAGCGCAGCAGCUGGGAUGCAGGGCAGGCGCAGGGGGCCGGUGGGGGCUCCCAGGGACAGACGCCACAGAGCACCAAGGAUGGUUAUGAGAGCGACGGUGCCAUCCCGGCACCCCUACCUGGACCUGUAGUACGGGCCUUCAGUGAGGACGAGGCCCUGGCGCAGCAUGAAGGCCACCCCUGGAAGCGCAGCACGUUCGAGAGGCUUGGCUUCCCACAGGCCCUACUGGAGAAGAGUCUGUCUGUGCAGACGAACCUGGCGUCACCCGAACCCUACCUGCACCCAUCACAGUCGGAGGACCUCGGAGCAUGUGCCCAGUUUGAGGCCAGCCGCAAUGCCCGCAACAUGAUGCCCAGCGCGAGCUGCGGGGUCUUCCCAGAGUUCAGCCUGCGCAAGCCGUCCUCGGAGACCGACAUCGAGAACUGGGCGUCGAAGCACUUCAACAAGCACACACAGGGCCUGUUUCGGCGCAAGGUGUCCAUCGCCAACAUGCUUGCCUGGAGCAGUGAACCCAUCAAGAAACCCAUGAUUGUGACAGCAGACCGGGCUGUGAAGAAGGAGGCGGUGGAGGUUUUCAAGCUGAUUCAGAUGUACAUGGGCGACCGAAAAGCCAGGUUGGACCCCCUGAGCGUAGCCCAUGAGAUUGUGGUGCGAGGCUGGAGCUCCCAAGGUCUCCGUGAUGAGCUCUACAUCCAGCUUUGCCGGCAGACAACAGAGAACUUCCGCUACGACAGUCUAGAGCGUGGCUGGGAGCUGCUAGCCAUCUGCCUGGCUUUCUUCCCACCAACACCCAAGUUCCACUCCUACCUGGAAGGCUACAUCUGUCGCCACAUGGAUCCUCUCAACGACACCAAAGGUGUAGCCAUCAGCAGCUAUGCCAAGCACUGCCAUCGGAAACUGCAGAAGGCAGCCCUGGCCGGAGCGAAGAAGGGUCUGCAGAAGCCCAGCCUGGAGGAGAUUGCUCACGCCCGCAGCGCCAUCUUCAGCCCUUCUAUGUUUGGCAGCUCAUUGGAGGAGGUGAUGGCACUGCAGCAGGAGCGCUACCCCGACCGGCAGCUGCCCUGGGUGCAGACCCGCCUCUCUGAGGAGGUGCUGGGCCUCAAUGGAGACCAGACUGAGGGCAUCUUCAGAGUUCCAGGUGACAUCGACGAGGUGAACGCUCUCAAACUGCAGGUGGAUCAGUGGAGGAUCCCCACAGGGCUGGAGGAUCCUCAUGUACCAGCCUCCCUGCUGAAGCUGUGGUACCGGGAGCUGGAGGAACCCCUUAUCCCCCACGAAUUCUAUGAGGAAUGCAUCUCCUACUAUGACAACCCAGAAGCUGCUGUCAACGUUGUGUUGAGUUUGCCCCACAUCAAUAAGCUGGUGCUGUGCUACCUCAUCCGCUUCUUGCAGGUGUUUGCUCAGCCUGCCAAUGUGGCUGUCACCAAGAUGGACGUCAACAACCUGGCCAUGGUGAUGGCACCCAACUGCCUGCGCUGUCAGUCGGACGAUCCGCGGGUCAUCUUUGAGAAUACACGAAAGGAGAUGUCCUUCAUCCGCGUACUGAUCCAGAGGCUGGACACCAGCUUCAUGGAUGGGGUGCUAUAGCUCCGACACUUCCCCAAAAAGGGUGACCUCACAGGAUCCGAAAACAGGGUAACACUGAGAAAAAAUACCAGUGCACACAUGCAGUCCCUGACACACUCUCAAAACGCAGCUGAAGUGCAUACAUACACAUACACACUCUUGUAUUAUACAAACAGGUAAACGUAUGUGCACACAUACAAAGGGAAUGUGAAGACAGAAGACACACUGAAAGACAUACAGUUCAGUUCACCUGAAAACACUUUAUCACAUCCAUCAGAGCACACACACACAAUACAAUAAAUACAUAUAUACACAUAACACAGAGGAAUAAACUUCACAGCUGACAGAUGGCCUCUCAUAAACACACACAAUGCUCACAAACACAAGUACAUAAUUGUAACGAUGAUACGUGUGAUCAGUUAAGCGUGAUGCCAUACAUUUGAACAGGGUUUUUGCAGUAAAUAUUUUAAACUGUUCACAACUGAGUCAUAUAAAUUACCUGGAUUUAAACACAAAUGCACAUGCAGGCACUUUGUGUGGAGGCCUACUUAGCGUUUAUUUUUUAUUAUAUUUUUAUUUUUCAUGAAUUCCUAUUUUUCCUAAACUUGACCCCCUAGAGUCAUAGGUUUCUUAUUCUCAAAUAUAAACAGUCCAAUAUUUUGGCACAUAUACAUAUACAUGUACAUAUGCAAACACGUAGACACACACAAGUGCUGUCCAUAGUAAAUUAUUUAAUCAGCUGACAGAUGAAAGUGCCGUCAGGGAUCCAUGUAGACACACUGGUAAGAGAGCAUGCCAAUUCAAUGUGCACCUACUGGGUCCCUUUGCCAGGCAGUAGAAUACACACACAGAAAAAAAAAAAAAAACAAGGAAGGAAGAUCACUGUAAAACUGAUGUCAGACUAGUGAACCUUCAUGGUGGAAUCAAUGGGCACAUGAAAAGACUGCAUCCUUCAGCUCAGACUGGCUCCGCCCUGGUUCUGGCCUGGAAUUGGUCUCUGGACCUCGACUGUCUCACCAGAACUGGCCACUGGAUCAGACGAGCAGCCCACCCAAUGUGCUCUUCAGGGUGGAAUGGCCCAUGUACACGGCCCACCCAGCCAUUCAGAAAUGCUCUCCAUCCUCUGAUGACCUCUGUACUGUGUGCUCUGGAACCAGGACCUCAGCUCCAUUUCCACCCAAAGUGCCAUGCUCCAUUCCAGUCCACUCAGUUCCCAUUCCCUCCUCUUCAGCAGAAUUUUGCUCACACUACCCCUAACACAUCACUGUAGUAAAUGCAUUAUGUACUUUUCAUUGUACUGCAUUCCAUUAUUCUACAUUCCAUUUAGGACUCGAAAGAAAACUGCCAUUGCUUCCAAAGUCUUAAAUUAUAAGGUUAGUAGUCUUUGUAGAUAUUGGUAAAAUGGUGGAGAAAAGCAGCUGUAAAUUUAAAAAAAAAUGAAAGAAAGAAAAACACCGCAAUGUUGCACUUCUUUACACCACAUUACGCUCCUCGAUCCAAUUUACCCCCUGGAAGGAACGAAAUCCUGCUGAUAGGUCUCUGCCCACUGUUCUAAAAAUGUAGUAUAAUCAUUCAGAAAUUCAUAGACGGUAGAGGUACUGCACAAAUGUUCCUUGAAUUUGAACAAAAGCAUUAAUUCAGUCCUACUGAUAAAGAAAGAUCUAUCUUGCAUAUUUUCCUCUGGUGCUUAGAAUAUGUGCCACACUAAUAAUUCUGUAUGGAAAGUUACUGCAUCCUCUGC